UUCAAAUAUCCUCAUACUUACCUGCUGGUUGUCGUGAUUUUGUGGUCCAUGAGGGACUGAUGGUGCAACGAGGGGAGGAGAGAAGACAGAGCCACAGAGGAUUUAGUCUCUGAGAACGCCCUGAACAGUGAGUUAGCAUCAUCUCAAAGAGAAACAUGCACCUACAAUGUGGUCGUUAAAUAUAAAUGGUUGAGAUUCUGAUCUGUGAAAAAUGAGUUGGAUGCUCUCCAUCUGGGUGGCGGCGGCCCUGCUGGCUCUCUGUAAGGGACAAAACACUGUGCAUGAAGGAAAUAGCCUGUCUGCAUCUGGCUACCAUCUGUGUAUCAACAAUGAGACGAGGAAUGUGAGUUUCCUUGUGGUGCACACAGUCUCCGAUACUGUGACAAAGAAAUGUGGCGACUGGCUCCUCUGGAGGACGUGCACAGUCACAGUUUACAAGAUGACCUACAAGACUGAGUACAAGACAGUGACGGAGCAGGUGACCAGAUGCUGCAACAGCUACGAACAAGUCGGCCGUUACUGCGCCCUGCCUGUAAACAGGAGUGUUGAGUUCACUGCCAAGCCAGGAUCCUGUCCAACUGUGGAUGGAUUGCAUCCCAGAUAUGAGGACUGCGAGUGGGACAUGGACUGCCCAGGCUGGCUGAAAUGCUGCCAGAGUUUGCGUGGCUUUCUCUGCACUGAUCCUGCAAGCUCAGCAAAUUAUUCAGAGAAUGGAGGAUGCCGUUUUAACGCAACCGUGACAGUGAAGACAGAUUACCAGCAACUGAUGUCCAAUGAAAGAGGACAUCUGAAUCAUAUAAGACUGCUACAAGCAAUGGUGACUGGAGCUCUGCAGUCUGAUGUCUCAGUGUAUUACCUCAGCUCGCAGCCUGUGCAUCCCUACAGAAGUGCCACCUCACUGCUGAUUGAAUCCAACUGUACUUUGUCUCUGUACAAUGUCACGUCAAAGCUGCAUCUUCUCCUCAAACACAUACAGGAAGUGUCAUCUGUAACUGUGGAAGAUGUAGAUGAGUGUGCAGAGCCUGCUCUCCGUCAGUGUUCCCCUCAUGCAGAUUGCAACAACACAGUGGGCUCCUACCACUGUGCCUGCCGCCAAGGAUAUAUUGACGUUGACCCCAAUAACCCUGGAGCCCAUUGCACAGCUGACGUCAUGGUGGCGACAACCACAGAGCCCCCUUUUACCUACCUUCCACCCAUGACCACAACCUGCCCCCCAGCAUUCACCACUGAGACCAGCAUGACUACAGCUCUGAGUAAUACAAGCCCUGUCCCUUAUAAUAAUUCAUCACAUGCUCCGCAGUGGACAACUUCUGCACCAUAUAGCAGCAUGAGCUCAACUGUAGAGUCACCUCUGCCGACAACCACAUGCUCUCCUCCAAGCAUCACCAGAGUAUGGGCGGCUAACGUCACCGGAACCUCCUUUUGUGUCUACUGGUCCAGUCACUUUCAGACAAACCAGACCUACCAGGUUGUCCUGAGCAAAGGGUCAGAGGUCAUUCAGUCUGGGGGAACCAGUCAAACCAUGUUGGAGGUGAGGGAUCUACAGCCUGGUGUGCUCUACAAUGUUACUGUCACGCCUCGGUCCUGUGGAGGCCAAGGAGUCGCACUUCAAAUAUCAGUCAAGACUGAUGCUCAGACUCUUGACGUCACAGUGCGACUAACCAACAUCGAGUUUACUGCUGAUCUGCAGAACACCAGCAGCCAGGCCUACGAAAACCUCACUGAGAGCAUUGGAGCGGAGAUCUACCAGUCUCUGUCUCCAGAGAUCAAGGCCCUGGUGGAUUCAGGCCAGGUCAGAAUUGAGAUCAGAGGCUUCUCGCCGGGGAGCGUGGUGGUCAUCUUUUCCAUCAUCUCCACCCCAAGUCAAAGCCAAGACAUCAGUAAUGUGUCGACGGCUGUGCUGAACUCCCUGAUAAACAUCACCAAAUACACUGUGGAUAGAAACAGCACAAGCACAACUGAUUUUAACGAAUGUGCUUCAGGGGAAAAUGACUGUUCGCAGUCGGCUACAUGUACAAACACCUGGGCCUCCUACACAUGUGUUUGCCUGGAUGGAUUCAUAGACAACAACCCAGAAAGGCCUGGACGAGCCUGUCAGGCAAUCGCAACAACCACGACUGCCCCUACAACCACCAUGACUGCCCCUACUACCACCACCACUGCUCUUAUAACCACUGCGACUGCCCCUACAACCAUCAUGACUGCCCCAACAACCACUGCUGCCCCUACAACCAUGGCUGCCCCUACAUCCACCAUGACUGCCACUGCAACCACCAUUUCUGCCCCUACAACCAUUGCUGCCUCUGCAGUUACCACUACUGCCCCAACAACCACCAUUACCGUCACUACAACCACUGCUACUGCCCCAACAACCACGACUGCAGCAACAAUAACUGCUGCCCCUGCAAUCACCACUACUGCCUCACCAACCGCCACAAGUGCACUAACAACCACCACUGCUGCCCCAACAACCACCACUACUGUGUCAACAAUCACUGCUGCCCCUGCAACCAUCACUACUGCCUCAACAACCAUCACUGCUGCCCCAACAACCACUACUUCCCCAACAACCACCACUGCUGCCCCAACAACCACUACUUCCCCAACAACCACCACUGCUGCCCCAACAACCACCACUACUGCGUCAACAAUCACUGCUGCCCCUGCAAUCAUCACUACUGCCUCAACAACCAUCACUACUUCCCCAACAACCACCACUGCUGCACCAACAACUGCCACUGCCGCAACAACCAGCGCCCCAAUAACCACUGUUACUGCACCAACAACCACCACUACUGUCCCAACAACCACCACUACUUCUACAAUAACCACUAUUCCUACAACCACCACAACUACUUCUACAACUACCACUUCUACUGCAAUGAUACCCAUGACCUCUACCCCUACAACCACUCUUACCAUACCCACUACCUCCAUUACUUCUCCUACAACCAGUGGUGGUGCCGUGAGAACUGCCACCACAGCCAUCUCAGUCCAGUGCAGACUUGCUGCCAUCACUGUGACAAUUGACAGGGAUUUUCUUCAGAACAACAACAUCCGGGAGAGCACCCUAUAUUUAGGCUUGCCGGAAUGUGGCGUCAAUGGAGGCAAUGCCACCCAUGCCCAGCUGACGGUGGCCUGGAAUGAGUGUGGCACCAGCCUCGUGCAUAAUGACACCUACUACACGACAUCUGUAACCCUGUUUAACUCCAUGGACAUGUACACGUCAUCCAGUGGAGCAGUGGAGGUACCCAGAAAACGCUUGGAGGUUCCCAUCAUGUGUACCUACAUGAAGAGCAUGCUCAUCUCCGCUGACUUCGGCUCCAUGGGGUAUGACAUGAUCCAAGACCUCAUCAUGGGCUAUGGGUCGUUCCAGGUGACAGUGCAGCUGAUGAACGGCACAAUGCCUCUACCCCACAACUACAGUCUGUCCUCCGAGGAAACUGUGGUGGUGGAGGUCAGUGUCAACACCUCCUCAGACCAGAUUAAAGUGGUCAUCAACAAAUGUUGGGCCACUCCCACCCAAAACCCUGCGGACACCCCCAGCGAAACCUUCCUGGAGAACAGCUGUUCCCUGAAUCAAUACACCACAGUGCUGAUGAAAGGGAACUCCAGCACUUCACGUGUGUCUGUGCAGAUAUUCUCAGUUGUCGACAUGGAUGUGAUUUAUCUGCACUGCCAGGUCCAGAUCUGUGUGGAGAUUGGAUUGGAUACCUGUGUGCCUGACUGUCUACAAAGAACAUCUCGGUCUUCACACACAAUCGGAUCGACUCUUAGGACCUACGGGCCUGUGUGGAGGUCAGGUGAAGACUCCUUGGAAGAGGGUUACACCACUCUUCACAUAGUUGGACUCUCCUGUCUCGGAAUCGGCCUGUCGCUCUUAUUCAUCAUUGGUUUCCUCUGCCUUUUCUACUACCAGAGGAACCGCAUUGGAAACUACAACUUCAACGCCAAACCUAAGCAGGAGAACUUCACCUACCUUGUCUUUAACACUUAGAGGCCGUUUACACGUUUCCGGCUAUU